AUGUCUAGGACCUUGUUUUUCCUCGCCUUGAAUAUCCUUCACACAAAUCUCCUCCAAUUGGCCGGACAAUCCCACGAAUGCCUCACCAACGGCACCCACCCAAUCGACAGCGAAUACUCGGAAAACCUCAACUCCGUUCUCUACUCUGUACCCAACAACCUCGGACAAGACGGCUUCUUCCAAGACUCUGUCGUGUGGCGUGGGCCCGAGACCGCCAACGUGGCAGUCCUCUGCAGAGGCGACGUCCAGCUGGCGGACUGCCGCGACUGCCUCCGCCACGUCAUAUCCUUUCUCCCGACUUCAUGCCCUAACAAUACACAAGCCUUCGGCUGGUCUGACUUUUGCACGCUACAUUACUCGGACGAGAACCUAACGCAGAGACUCGACACGUCAGCUAGGUUGUAUCAGUGGAACACUCAUAAAAUCGAGAGUCCGGCUCCAGACAGGUUCAUGCGGGACUUGACGAGGUUGUUGUUUGACCUCAGUGUCCGGGCGGCCGGCAACAGUCGGAAAGUGGCGGCAGGGAAUAUUGUGACGGGUCGUGAUCGUCGGGACAUCUUUGCGAUGGUCCAGUGCACGCCGGAUUUGUCCUCCGAGAACUGCAGUGCUUGUCUGAGAUUGAUAUGUGCCGAUGUAGCGCGGUUCUGGAAUAGGAGGAGAGGGGGAAGAGUGAUUGUGCCGAGCUGUAAUCUUCGCUACGAGGUGAAUAAAUUUUACAACGAAACUCGGCUUCGAGAUAAUAAUUCAUCAUCACCAUCUAAGAUUGUCAUCGUUUUAGUUGUUGUGUGCUCGGUAUUAGCUGCUGUUGCUGCUACUGUUUGGCUCUUAUUGAGGAGGAGAAUGAUAAUAAAACAUGAGAUUAAAUUGAUCUGUCCAUCUCCAUCUAAAGCUCAUGAUGUUGAUGAGAUCUUAGAAGCUGAGUCUCUCAAAUAUGCUUUAACAACGAUCAGAGCUGCCACUAAUAAUUUCUCAGAUGGUAACAAACUAGGGCAAGGUGGAUUUGGAGCUGUUUACAAGGGAAUACUUUCUGAUGGUCGAGAAAUAGCAGUCAAAAGAUUAUCCAGGAACUCCAGACAAGGUGACUUGGAGUUUAAGAAUGAGGUCUUGUUACUAGCCAACCUUCGACAUAGAAAUCUAGUAAGACUUGUGGGCUUUUGCUUAGAAGGAACCGAGAAAAUCCUCGUCUACGAAUUCGUGCAGAAUGGAAGCCUCGAUCACUUCCUAUUUGCGGAUACAUGGCUCCGGAAUACGCAAUACACGGACAGAUUUCAAUCAAGUUGGAUCUUCGGAGUGCUAAUGUUGGAAAUUAUUAGCGGUCAGAGGAAAAACUAUUUCCGACAUGGGAGAAAUGUAGAGGACCUCUUGAGCUUUGCGUGGAAAAGCUGGCACGAAGGAACAACAAUAGAAAUGGUGGAUCAAUGUUUGAAGUCUGCAUCAGAUUUUAUAAGUGAGAUGGAAAGGUGCAUCCAAAUUGCUUUGUUAUGUGUUCAACAGAAUGCCAUUGAUAGACCAACAAUGGCUUUUGUUGUCCUAAUGCUUAGUAGCUCCAACUUAGUUCUGGCGGAACCUUCCGAGCCUGCAUUCUAUAUGCCGGGUGGCUAUGGUUCGGAAACUUCUUCACUCGUUCAAGGGAAUAAUUCGAGACGAUCCAAUUAUAUAAGUUCUCCAAAUAGCGCCACACAAGAUCGAUCAGACAAUUCAUCAAAAAAUACCUCGUACCUCCAGUCCGGCUUUCCAAUUUAUCCGGAAUAUUAACACAUCAAAAAAUCCGAAGCCAUGCCCGAGCCUAACUCCGUACCUCCUCCGAGCCUGCUCCUACUCCUCCUCCUCAACAUACUCUUGUUAUGCUCACUAUCUCCACCCGCAAAAUCGCAAGAGUACUGUUUCACCGAAACUUUCGCUCCAAACAGCACCUACUCGGCCAACCGUGAAGCCCUCUUCUCAUCCUCACCGGCCACCAUCCCCGCCAACGGCUUCCUCAACGCCACCACCGGAGAAGCUCCCGACCAAGUCAACGCAGUCUUCCUUUGCAGAGGAGAUGUUAGCCUCACCGCCUGUCACCAAUGCGCCAAUGAAUCCGCUCGGUACCUCGCCCAGAGGUGUCCCUACAGCAGGGAUGGGCUAUUCUACAACGAGACGUGCCUAAUCCGGUACGCGGAUACACCGUUACUUGGGGUGCUUGUAACGGAGCCCCUGAGCGUGUGGCCGAGCACGAUUAUGGUGAGGAGCCCAAUAGAGAACGAACGAGAAAGACGAGCCUUGCUGGAGAGUCUGACGGAGCACGCGGCGAACGGCGGGUCGAGACAGAAAGUGGCGGCCGGGAAUAGGAUGACGGCGCAAGGGGAUAGGGUCUAUGCGCUGGUGCAGUGCACCCCGGAUCUAUCGGCGCGUGACUGCACGGACUGUUUGACUCAGUCAAUGGAUCGUAUUCCGGUGUGUUGUCGUGAGUUGAUUGGGUCAAGGAUUUUGAGACCAAGCUGUACCAUUCGGUUUGAAGACUAUCAGUUUUUUAGUGCUUCCAUGGUUCAAGUUCCGCAGGUGCCCCUGCCACCGGGUUCAGGAAAAAAUCGAAUUGCUAUCAUUGUUGGCGCAACAGUUUCAGGCGUCGUGUUCUUGAUACUUGUUGUUUAUGCGGCGUUCCUAUUUAGGAAGAGGAGGAUUACAAUGAAAUGGAAGAAAAAGACCGAGAAUGACGGCGACAUUAGCACGAUUAAAUCCCUGCAGUAUGAUUUCCGGGGAGUUAGAGCCGCAACUAAUGAUUUUUCGGAUAAUAACAAGCUGGGUCAGGGUGGAUUCGGGGCGGUUUAUAAGGGUGAACUUCCGGACGGCCAACAAAUAGCGGUCAAAAGACUGUCCAAAGAUUCCCGACAAGGCAAGACCGAGUUCCAGAAUGAGGUCUUGUUAAUGUCGAGGCUUCAGCAUAAGAAUCUAGUAAGGCUCCUUGGUUUCUCAGUACAAGGAACCGAAAGGCUUCUUAUAUAUGAAUUCGCCGAGAAUUCGAGCCUCGACCAGUUCAUAUCUGAUCCCAUUAGACGGUCGUACUGGGAUUGGAGCAUGUGUGAUAAGAUCAUAAGGGGCAUUGCGAGGGGACUAUUGUACUUGCACGAAGAUUCUCGACUCAAGAUCAUUCAUCGUGAUCUCAAGCCGAGCAAUGUGCUUCUCGAUGGCGAUAUGUACCCUAAAAUUGCAGAUUUCGGCAUGGCACGAUUAUUUGGACAAGAUGAAACUCAGGGAUGUACAAGCAUAAUUGUCGGAACAUAUGGAUAUAUGCCGCCUGAAUACGUAAUGCACGGGCAUUUCUCUGUUAAGACGGAUGUCUUUAGCUUUGGAGUCCUUGUGCUGGAAAUCAUGUCUGGUCACAAAAAUGGUUUUGUCGACUCAGGGGACUAUAGUGACGGCCUACUGAGUGCCACAUGGAAAAAUUGGUGCCGAGGCACGGUUGAAAAUGUUGUAGAUCCUGUGCUGAGGGCUGGGCCAGGCCAGCUGCACGACAUGUUGAGGUGUAUCCAAAUCGGGCUUUUGUGUGUCCAGGAAAAUCCGGCCGACAGGCCCACGAUGGCUUCCAUUGUUCUCAUGCUCAGCAGCACCACUAUGGCUCUGCCUGCUGCCUCAGAGCCUGCAUUUUACUUGGUCAGCCGAUUUGUUCCGAGUGGGUCUGAUCUGGUGGGCCCGGGCUCGGGCUCUACUGGGCUGUCUCAGAAUACUAUGUCAGUGACCGAGUUAGAUGCGAGGUGAUUCGACAGAGGAUUUUUAAUGGUUUCUUGCCUUUGAUACCAUGGAAAUUGGAAUAUGUGUGUAUAUUGAUAUUCUGUUUCAAGAUAGAAAAGUAAUGCUGUAAUGUGUGUGUAAUACUUGUUUUCUCUGUUUCGAGAUACAAAAAGUAAUGUGUGAGGCAGACUAUUUUUCUUUUUUUUUUAGAUAACAUAUAUAAAAAUGGUGUCAGCUCCAAGUUCUUUUCUUGAUUCCAGUUGAUGCUUUCGCACAAGAGAGAGUUUUGUCACCUAGUUUUCUGCUGUUACCUAAGAAUGAAAUCAUGGAAAACAAAAACGACACAGAAUCAGACUUUGCAACCUAAACCAUCUUUCAUAAACACAAAACUGUUAGGUUCACUAUUCUUUAGCGAUUAAAAUCGUAGCGGAAAUUAUACAAUAUAAUUAUCAUUUAUCAAAUAAAUACUUAAUCCGUAAGUACAAAUAGCGAAUAAA